AACGGAGUUGAGAGCACGACAGAGCGAGGGAGAAAGAGGACUGGAAACAAGGGAGGCAUCCACAGAGGAGAGGAACAGGAGAGGACCUCUUACACAGGAUUUGCCCCUUUUUUUUUGUCUCUUUUGGCUCUCUGGGAGCCAUAAAAGGAAUCUUCCCUUGUGCUCUUCUUAGACUGAACUUGCUCUGCUGAAGGACCUGCACCCUGCUAUGGCAGCCCUGGUGGGACAUGGGAACACUGCUUCCCCCUCAUCUCGCCCCUCUCAUCGGUGGACUACCUUGAUCUGGGCUCUGUUGACCCUCAUAUAUCAAGUCUGGGGCUUUAACCUGGAUACUACUCACACGCUGCAUAAGUUGGGAGACCGUGGCACCUUUUUUGGCUUCUCUCUUGCACUUCACCAGCAGCUUACCCCAGAUCCUCAGAGCUGGAUCUUGGUGGGUGCACCGCAAGCAGCAGGCCAGGGGAGGCUGAGGGGAAGUCGACCAGGAGCCCUGUUCAGGUGUCCGAUCACACCAGAGGAGUACGACUGUGAGAGGGUUGACAUCGAUGGAGAUGUGAAACGGGAAAGAGAGAGCAAGGACAACCAGUGGCUCGGCGUUACAGUCAAGAGUCAGGGGAUUGGAGGGAAGGUGGUGACCUGUGCUCACCUGUACGAGCUGAGGCAACGUGUCAGUAAACCUUCAGAGACUCGUGAUCCCAUCGGUCGCUGCUACGUCCUAAGCGAGGACCUGACUGAGCGAGAUGAUCUGGACGGAGGAGAAUGGAAGUUCUGUGAAGGUCGACCACAGGGGCACGAGCAGUUUGGUUUCUGCCAGCAGGGCCUGUCUGUCAGUUUUACCCCAGACAACAACUUCAUUCUGUUUGGGGCUCCAGGAACCUACAACUGGAAAGGUGAGAUGCGCGUCCAGCUCUUCAACCAGACUCUGCUCGACCUCGGUUACUAUGACGACGGGCCCUAUGAGGUGGCAGAUCAGAAACAACUUAAUGCUCAGCUCAUCCCUGUGCCCUACCACAGUUACCUGGGGUUUUCUGUGGACUCAGCCAUGGGGAUAAUGAGCCUUGGGGAGCUGACCUUCGUGGCUGGUGCACCGCGGGCCAACCAUACAGGGGCAGUGUUGCUGCUGAAGAAGGACAACGUUUAUCGGUUGGUGCCACAGCACAUCUUCUGGGGGGAGGAGCUGGCGUCUUCAUUCGGGUACUCGGUAGCCACCACGGAUCUCAACAGGGACGGCUGGACCGACCUGAUUGUUGGAGCUCCUAACUUUUUUGACCGUAAAGCGGAGAUUGGUGGAGCUGUUUAUGUGUAUCUGAACCCCUUUGGUCACUGGGACGAUCAGGCUCGGCCCAUUCGUCUCAACGGGACAUAUGACUCCAUGUUUGGGAUGACAGUCACCAACAUCGGAGAUCUGGACCAGGAUGGAUACGGAGAUAUUGCUGUGGGAGCACCGUUUGAUGGAGAUGGAAAAGUUUUCAUCUACAGAGGCUCAGAUGCUGGAAUUGAGACUAAACCCGCUCAGGUGCUGGAUGGCCGUGACUUUGACGUGAGACGUUUCGGAUACUCCAUCUCAGGUGGUUUGGAUAUUGACAGCAACCACUAUCCAGAUGUGGCAGUAGGGUCUCUUAAUGACUCAGUGGUUCUCUUCAGGUCUCGUCCAGUUAUCCAUGUGCUCAGAGAAAUGUCUAUUGACCCUCAAAACAUUGAUUUGGAGCAGAACAACUGCCAAGGCAGAGAUGGUGUCUGUGUGGAGGUCAAGGCCUGCUUCACCUUCACAGCCCACCCCGCACACUACUCCCCACACAUUACCCUUGUGGUGCACUUUGAAGCUGACACAGAGCGUAGGAAGCUUGGCCUCCCACACCGCGUUAACUUCCUGGGCCGCAGUUCACUGGAGCCCGAGUAUACGCAGACUGAAGAAGUGGAGCUGCAUCGGCAGCUUCACCCUGUGUGCACCACUGCUGUCUUCCAGCUGCAUGAGAAUAUCCGUGACAAACUGCGUCCCAUCUCUUUGGCGAUAACCCACACGAUCAAGCCCCAGCCGCCACGCAGACACUCUGCCAAGAAGUUGGAGAAGCUGCCUCCUAUACUGAAUGUCUCCCCCUCUAACACACUGCAUUCUGAGGUGAACUUCCUGCGAGAAGGAUGUGGCGAUGACAAAAUCUGCCAGAGCAACCUGAAGCUCAGCUACCAGUUUGGAACAAGACCCCUGAACUCCGACCUCUUCACCCCUCUGCCAAAAGAUGAGUACGAUGUGCAGGUGUUUUCUCUGUCAGACCAGCGGUUGGUGGUUUUGGAGAUCACCGUCACCAACAUGCCCUCUGACCCUCUGUACCCUGAGGAGGAUGGAGAUGACGCUCACGCUGCUCAGCUUCUCAUAUCUUUUCCAAACACGCUGUCAUAUGCGGGUUCCCGGAUCCCACCACAGAUGAGAUGUCAAGCGAACUCGAAUGGCUCCCAAGUUGAGUGCGAGCUGGGAAAUCCUGUCAAACGAGAUACUAAGCUGAAAUUCUCCAUCAACCUGAGUACAUCUAACAUCACUAUUGAGACCACUGAGCUGACAGCAGAUCUCUUACUGACAACUAUCAGUGAGCAGCCUGACUUGGUCCCAGUCACAGCUUUUGCUAAAGUUGUGAUAGAGCUCCCUCUGUCUGUCAGUGGACUUGCUCGUCCUCACCAGCUUUUCUUCAGUGGCACAGUGAGGGGAGAGAGUGCCAUGACCAGUCUGGAGGACAUCGGCAGCCCAGUCGAUUUUGAGUUUGUGGUUUCUAAUCCUGGGCAAGCUCUCCAGACAUUUGGCUCAGCCUUCCUCAACAUCAUGUGGCCUUCUGAGCUGGUCAAUGAGAAAUGGCUCCUGUAUCCUGCCAGCCUGAAGUUUAAGGGCCACCCAGACACACACUGCAGCAACACAGCAGCCCUGAACCCUCUGAAGCUUCAGAGCUCCUCACCUGACGAACAUCAGCUUGCCAAUCACACGGUGGGAAGAACACGCCGCUCCCACCCAGAGGAGGAAGGUCAAGUCAUGACAAAAGGCAGCGUAGGACGAAUCACACCAGAUGUGGCAGCUUCAGAGAGACGCAAGUCGCUCAAACUGGAUUGUCUCUUGGGCUCAGCCCGCUGUGUGCUGUUCCAGUGUCCCCUCCACAGUUUCUCUGGUCAGGCUGUCUUCAAGAUCGAUGCCAGACUGUGGAACAGCAGUUUCAUAGAGGAGUUCCCGACAGUUAGUGCUCUGGAGCUGCUGGUCAGAGCCAACAUCACUGUGAAGUCCAGCAUCAAACAUCUGGUCCUCAGGGAUGCUUCUGCACAGGUUCCAGUAAUGAUUUAUCCUGAGCCUGGUCUCGCUGACCAGUCCUGGAUCCCCUGGUGGAUUAUUCUCAUCGCCAUCCUGGCAGGCAUCCUGCUGCUGACUCUACUGGUCUGCAUACUGUGGAAGUGUGGCUUCUUCCGACGAGCUCAAUACAAAGACAAACUGCCUCAGUACCACGCAGUGAAGAUCCCUCGUGAGGACCGGCCACAGUUCCAGACUGAGAAGUCAGGAGGUGUCCACAAAAAGGAAUGGGCCACGCACUGGAGCGACGGGACCUCGUAACUCGCUUUGAAGCACUGACUGACUAAAAUAAUUCAAAUCACCACGUGUGGCACUCGCUCUGUCUUUGCAUUGGAACUAAUUGACUAAAAAAGAAAACAAAAGGGCACAAAGACUGGGAUCUCGCAAAACUCUGUGCACACUUUACUGCAUCAGUACUUGCAUAUAUUGGUGGCCUGUUACACUGGGACUGGAUCUAUAUUCUUCCUACUGUCGCUUAUUGACAGCUGGCCUUAGAUAGUCUGCUCAUACUGUGUGUCUAUAUCACAGUUUUACAGUAAACACUGAAGGCCCACAACAAAAUUAGAACCAGUCUAGCUGCUCAGUAUGUUUUACAGCCUACACAGCUGCUUCACUGUCUGUCAUCCGUUUUGACGGGCGGAACAAAAGAGGACUGAAAAUCAAAGACAUGCAUGAAUGCACAGGCAUACAGAAUAUUAUUAGAUUCAUGCAGACAUACUGGACGUUGCCAAUAAAGAGGCCACUGCCCAUGACAAAGAUUACUUUUUGCCUUAACUACUGCAAGACUGACGACUGAUAUGGGCAAAGAAAAAAAUGCAUUUUUAAUAUAUAUAUAUAUAAAACUGAUGUUUAGGGGAUUCUUUUCGUUAGCGCUGGUAAACACUGGGAAAAUAUCAGUCCAAAACACUGAAUGUGUUUCUGGGCUGGCUGAUUACUCUGGGCUGGUUGAAGAGGCCGUUAAAUGAGUUCACUUGUUUUUUAUAUUCAAGGAAAAUAACAAAGCCUUUUCAGUUUGUGUUGAAUAUGUUUUUCCAUUUUGUGUUACUAUGUCAGUCAAACGUACUGUUCAUCAUUAGUCAGUUGCCUGAGUGAACUUGAAAGAGAACAAGAAGCCACAAUACAGCCUUUGACAUGACAUGACCAUACAUAGUGCUGCUGUCACAUCAAACCAAAUGUGUCAGAAAAGCAAAGCAAUAUUUUAAAUGUAGUCUGCUCCUUUGCAGCUUAAGAAUUUUAAUUUCUUGAACCAAACAUUGUUCUUUUAAAAUAUAUAUAUGUAUAAUUCCCUGCCUUUUAAUGGCAUAACAUAUGCUCAGUGUAUGAAGGGCCUGUGAAUGAAGACAUACAGUGGUCUCAUUUUAAAACCUGUUCUUCUACAUAGGACUAAAUUAGACAUAAAUCCAACCAUUCAUUUUUUUUUUCACCAGGAGACAUCACAACCUUUGUAUAAAUACUGUUGUUUGUUGCUCUAUUCCUGCUGAUGUACUCCACUCACACCAGUCAGGAUAUGACAGUACAUUCAUUUCAGCACUGACAUUUCUAAUUGCAACAAGUGCCUUACUGUAAAAGUGGCAGAUGGUGAGCUGCUGGUUACAAACGCAAGGCUACUGCAGAUUAGAUCACGCUGCCUCCGAAACAUCUGUUGGGACACCGGUGGACGAGUAAACAUCCCUCCAACAC